CCCUGCCUGGCCCUGCUUUGGGCUGCCAUCUUGGACGGUGGCGGCGCUGUGGGAAGGGAUCCGCGCGGAGCCGUCUCGGCGGAGUGGCUGGACCCCGGAGCCCGCUCCCGAGCCCGAAGCCGCACAAGAGGGCGCUGGGCCCGGCGGGGAGAGAUGAGCAGCAACAGUACCAAGCGGGCGCCCACGACAGCCACCCAGAGACUCAAACAAGACUACCUGCGCAUUAAAAAAGACCCAGUGCCUUAUAUCUGCGCUGAACCUCUCCCAUCAAAUAUCCUCGAAUGGCACUACGUGGUACGGGGACCGGAGAUGACGCCGUAUGAAGGUGGCUAUUACCAUGGGAAACUGAUUUUCCCCAGAGAAUUUCCUUUCAAACCUCCGAGUAUUUAUAUGAUAACGCCUAAUGGAAGAUUUAAAUGCAAUACACGGCUAUGUCUUUCAAUUACCGAUUUUCACCCUGACACGUGGAACCCGGCGUGGUCGGUCUCGACAAUCCUAACGGGGCUGCUUAGUUUUAUGGUUGAAAAAGGCCCCACUUUGGGGAGCAUAGAAACGUCGGAGUUCACUAAAAGGCAGCUUGCUUCACAGAGCUUAGCGUUUAACCUGAAAGACAAAGUUUUCUGUGAAUUAUUCCCCGAAGUGGUAGAGGAAAUCAAGCAGAAGCAAAAGGCACAAGAAGAGCUCCACAGCCGCCCCCCGGCCCUCCCGCUGCCCGACGUUGUUCCCGACGGGGAGACGCAUCACGGCCAGAAUGGGCUGCCGCUCCUCAACGGGCACGUGCCAUUGGCUGCCGCUAACCACCCGGGCCUCCAGCAGGCCAAUCGGAACCACGGACUCCUGGGCGGAGCUUUGGCGAACUUGUUUGUUAUAGUCGGUUUCGCAGCCUUUGCCUACACGGUCAAAUACGUCCUGAGAAGCAUAGCGCAAGAGUGAGGGCGCCCUGCACCGGUUCCAUGACCAAAUUAGUGGUAGUGGCAGCAAAAUCAAAAAAGCGCAUUUUGGGGACACUCUCUGGGUAUCAGACUUCCAACCCCGGGAUAAACAAUGUGAUGUACAGGUAAAAACAAAACUUGGUUUGGCUCAUGGGUUUAGUUUGGGGGAAGGAGGAAGAUAGCAGUUUAAAAAAAAAUAACUUUAAGAUUGGAAGCAGACACCAUUGGGAUUGAGCAGAUAAAGAAGAGGGGUUGACAUCCACUCCCUCCUCCCCAAAUGCCCAGUUUUCCUCUGAAGAGUAAAAAGAGCAAACCCCAAAGUUUAUGAGCCCACCAACGGAUUUUCUGUGGCGAUGUUUGCAUUGGUAUCAAAGCCCCAUUUAUGUCUCCAGAAACGCCCACCGUUUUCCAGGUACCCCCUGGGGGUUCCCAGAGAAGUGGAAAGUCAAAAUGGGGGAGGAUGGAGAUUAAUUCUUCCACUCCCACGGCUUUCUUUAUCCUCUCCCUUGCCCUUUGCCUCGGGGAGCCACUAGUUGCAAGGAGCAGAGGAAAAUCCCCCAGCUGGGGAAGGGUCCGGUGGCCUUUCUCCCUUUCAAAUACCCCCUUCCCCUGAGUCACUCCGCUGCUGUCAUCCGGUUCCCCCCUUAGCCCAUGAAAGGAUGAAUAGAGACAGGAUUCUCCAGGAAGCGUCGGGCGAGAGUCGGCACCGUUUCCUUUCCAAUGGGCCACGUGGCGCGGAUCUAGCUACGCGUAAAGUUUUGUUUUGCAUUAGCGUUAGAGGUGAGGGGGAAACAAUUUUUUUGUCCCGCUCGUGCCCCGCAAGCGUGGCGGCUGUGAAACUUGGUGCUAAAAGGGAGGGAGGAGACGGUUCAUUUCGUAAAAAGGGAACCUGGGUGGACGCCCUUUACUGUCUGGCGGUAAUCAUGGUGAUCGCGGCACUGUCCCGGAUGACACGGUGUGCGUUUUGAAGUAUGCAUGUCCUUUGUCUCAAUUUGUCAGAAUGAUGUAACUUUUUUUUUUUGGGUUGCUUAAUCUGGGCUGGCAGGAGCUGUGCUGCACCCAGUUCACCCAGAAGCCAGCCCAGCGGACCAUGAAACCGGGGCCCCAUCGUGUCUCGCGGGCGUUUUUGACGCAGGAUCUUUCGAGUUUGUACUCGGCGGUGUUCAGUUCUCGAGAAGGAAUCCCCCCCUUGCUUUUAACACGUGCCUUCCGGGUUGCAGCUGGCCGCCGGAUGUUACCUUCUUUUAACAUUUGAUUUUAAUAAAGAGAAAAUCCCGAGCAGAUGGUCUUGGAAAGGAUUCGGGGUUAAUCCCUUUGAAGCUGGGGGUGCCGGGAAGCGAAAGCACGACGGAUCGCACCACUGAGUUCUCGGGCGACUGUGAAGGUCCCUGCCCUGACCCCAGUCGUUCGUGUCGGUAGUCCGGCUCCUAUCUCAGUUUGUGCGAUCGGCAGAAGCAGUCGGGCGGUGCUUCUCAUGAAGGUGUGUGUGUUUUGUGUGUGUGUGUGUGGGGUUUCCCUCUGAAUGAUCUCCUUUUCCACCCCCCCCUUGCUUAUAGAAAUCCAGUGUGUCAGGGAGAAGGGAUUCUCCCACGAGGAGUUUGUUGUCAAUGUGACGGGGUGCAAUUCAGAGAUGUCGUCUUACCCCUUAACCUGAAGUGAGGGGACGUUAAUGGGUUGCACCUACCAGUUUGCAGAAGCCUGUUCGUAGUUGCGUAGCCCCAAUUCCUUUGGGGCCGAUCUCCCACCCCUGGCCCUGCGAGGGUGGGGGGAAGCUGAACCACUCGCACCGCCUUUGGGUGGGGGGAGGCGCUGUUUCAGCAGCCCUGUGGUCCACCCAAAUAGAAGAGCAGGGGAGAACUCUACUAGAGGUCUUCCCGUAACGUGCAUUUUAAUAGCUAGCCGGGGAGAUGGCUCGUGGUUGAGAGAGUUGUGUGUGUGUGGGGGUGCAUCUGCUGGGUCCUUCCCCCAAAUUUUGCCUUGGCUCAUAGGCAGACACCAGUGCCUUUCCGAACUGUCACCAACUCUUCAGAGCCCCUCCGGGAAAGUGAGGCCUUCUCCGAACGGUUCCAGAUUUGUUAAAAACACACGGCGUCAGACUUAGAACCUGAUACGCUCACGCUUUUAAUCCUUCCUCCGCUCAAUAAAAGUUACCUCCUGUGUUCUUAAGAAUGCAGUAUUUCCCCCCCCCCCAUGCCUUUUCAGACUCCAAGCGGCCGGUUUUACCUUUUUUUGUAGCUUAAAAGGAGAGAGAGCUUUGAUCUCUGCUUGGAUGGGAUAA